CUUCCACCACUGCCAUUGUGUUGUUAAUAACACACGAAGCCUCUUCAGAAUAUUUUGCUACUAUAUUGUUUUUGGUUUUCCAGUUGGUGUGUAGUUUCCCUGAGGAUAAAGUUGCGAAGAAGACGUCUCAAGGUUUGAUUGUAGAGAGGAAAUUUUCAUAGUUAUGCAAUGGCUUCAGCAAAGUUUUGAAAGAAGAGAGUGAGAAGCCCAGUGAGCAAGGAGUAUUUGCCAGAGAAGACUUGAUGUUGCAGUCAUUCAGAAUGGAGGGGUACCUCAUUCCACCUCCAGAAGAUAUGAUUGCCUACGAUCCUGAAAUGUAUCGACCACCUUUAGAAUAUUAUCCAUACCCCAACAGUGAUGGGGAAAGCCAUGGAGAUUAUAGCUGGGACCCCCUUCACAUGCACCCUGGCGAGUUUGAGAACCCUCAGCAAACCCACUUCACAGAACUGCAGAGCGUCCAGCCCCUGCAUAUCCCCAACCUGCAUCGGUACACAGACAUGGAGCCCAUCCAUUCCGCUCUGGACCCUGGGCUUGGACCGCAUCACCUGACAAUCCCCCAGCAGAUGCAAUAUUUCCCUCGCAACUUGUGCUACCCACACCCCUCCCCGGCCCAGCGCAGUUCAGAUGAGGAGGACCCAGGGGGCCGCAGCCCCCCCUUUGAGGUUUCAGAUGGAGAGGAGCUUGUGGACCAUAUCCCCUGUCCCUCUGGGGGAGAGGCCGGCAACAAGAAGAAGAUCCGCCUGUACCAGUUCCUGCUGGACCUUCUGCGGAAUGGGGACAUGAAGGACAGCAUCUGGUGGGUGGACAAGGACAAGGGCACCUUCCAGUUUUCCUCCAAGCACAAAGAGGCCCUGGCAAACCGCUGGGGGGUGCAGAAGGGCAACCGCAAGAAAAUGACCUACCAGAAAAUGGCCAGGGCCCUGCGGAACUACGGCAAGACCGGCGAGGUAAAGAAGGUGAAAAAGAAGCUGACGUAUCAGUUCAGUGGAGAGGUGCUGGGGAAGGGAGGCCAAGAGAGGAGGAUGUACCCAGUUGCAUAGGGCAACAAAGAGAGAGACCAUAAAUGUGUACUGUCUUCUCUGAAAAGGACGGAAACAGGCCGGCAUUUCUCUUUAUAAAAUGUUAUGGUAGCACCUUCAAAUAUUUGGCUGCAAAUUCCCAGCGAUGAAGUAACAGGUGUUAUUAAUUUAAAGGUACCAUGCAUGCCAUUGUUAAGGGGGGUAAUAACUUGUUUUUCUGUCUUGUGAUCUUGUAAAUAGCAUUAACUCACAGCCUUUAAGCCGUUCUUUUUUGUAAAGCUUGUAGAUGUUCUGAAAAGGAAAAAAAAAGGUUCAUGUCUCAUAUUAAGAUGGCAACCAUGGAAAAUCAUGGUUGCUGUUGAAAAAGGGGAAAUGAAAAUAAAUGACACAGCCUCCUGCAAAACUUGGUGGAAAACAUCAGAGUGCUCCGGCGUCUAAUGCGCUUGACAACACUGCCCCCACCUGGUCACAAAUUAAUAUUGCUUACAAUAUUGUGUAAAAUUGUAAAGGUCAGACACGGUAGUCUUGAAACCGUCGGUACUCGGAGUUUCACCUCCAGUAAUGUCGGUGCUUUCAAUUUCAGAGGGGAAUACUACUUGAGUACAUGUUUGGAAACGGUUCCCAAAUAUUUACAAGAGGAAAACUCUCUUAACUCUCAUUGUUUAUUGUCUUGAAUUUCAUGAGAUUUUAAUUAAAUUAUUAAAAUGUCUGUUUCCUGAAAUAGCCUGUGCAGUAGAAUCAACAAUUUUGUUUUUAAUCAUUUUUAAUAGUUUAUCAUAGAAUUUGUGUCUUGCUUGACAUGGUCACGAUUUUAGUAUUUUUAUUAAAGCAGACUGUGGCUCUGACGUAAACAAGCAUUUAAAAAAAACUUGACUACGAAAGCUACAGACAUUAUCCACUGCCAUUUAGAAAACUUCGCACUAAGGUGUUUUUAACAAAUACCUUAAAAACGUCCGAUGCCAUCCAUUAAGCCUAAACAACAUACUUUCAGGGAGAUUUUACAGUCAGUGCAUUUUCAUAAUGACUGAUGCAGUCAAGAAAAUAUUUUAGACAUUUAUACUCCCACGAAGAGCAUGAGGAAUAGUUUAAAAUGAAUUGCUUUUCUUUGUUGACUGUUAGAAAAUAGCCAACAGAUGCAGUCUUUUUCAAACAGACAACAUGGUGCGUAUACCAUGUCAUGUUCUUUGUCUCUAUGUGUUUGUCAUUCAAUUCCUCAGUUACAGUGUAUCAUGAAUCAUAUAUUUCACAUGAAGCAUACUGCGUUUCAGAAUUCUUCCUUCAGAAUCGUCUCCUGACAAGGUUUUUACUGUGUUUUGCUUUGUUCAUUUCU